UGCAAAGUUGAUAGAAGGAACCUCGUCCACGGAGUCGCUGCUUUAAAGGCCCAGAAUAAGGUUUUUUCUCCCCCCUCUCGUGAUCCCGUUCCUGAAACCGACCGAGCUUCACUAACGGACAUUGUUCGCUGGACGUCGAGAUUUCUUUUUCUCGCAUGUGUGUAGCCAGCAACAGGUUAUUCACAGCUCAGCACGGCAUCCAACCCAGAGCUGCACCCCCGUGGUCAUUAGAUCUGUGUUAACUUUUCGUCGUGUGAGCCGAGGGAUGCUUUUUUCCCCCCUUUUUUUGGCCACUCUUUUCCGCGCAUUCACCGUGCAGCAUUGUGCUCUCGCCGCCGACCGGAUCCCACAGCCCGAGCGCACUGCGUUUCAGAGGAGGGCGACAGCAGAAAUGAGGAGAAUAUGAAAAUGCCAUAGAGGAGAGUGCUGAUCAAACAUUGCUGGGGUAAACAACCGUGAGCCUGCCACACCGACCGACAGACAGACCUGCGAGGAGCUGGUGGUUGGUGCGGGGGAUUUUCCGAGAAGGAUCGCAUGAAUAGAUGGUGCCAAACAAGUGGACCAUGAACUCGGUUCUGCACAAAUCGCCACCGAGGAGCUGGCUCGGGCUCAGAUUACGACUCAAUGACAAGCCCGUCCAGGAGGAGGACUGGGUGGUGUGCCAGCACCCUGAGUGUCCCGAGCGCCGGAGGGCCUCUAAGGUUUGCCAUCACCCAGACUGCCAAGACCUGAAUAGCAAAAGCCCCCUUCACCUGUGUGAGUCAUGUGACUCACGCUACCAUUCAGAGAACACAGACAACAUGCACUUUGACCGGCACCCCCGAUUUGACUUACAACCUCAAGCCUCCAUCCUGGCUCGGAACGUGUCCACGCGCUCCUGUCCCCCACGCACCAGCCCCCCCUCCGACCUAGAGGAAGAGGAUGAGGGGAGCAAUGACCGCGGGGAGCGUAAAACAGGGGGACUGAAGCUGGUGAAAAGGAAGCCACGGAGACGACACACUGAUGACCCCAGUAAGGAGUGCUUCAGCCUCAAGUUUGAUCUCAACGUGGACAUAAACACAGAAAUUGUACCUGCAAUGAAAAAGAAAACACUGAGAGAGGUUCUAGGGCCAGUGUUUGAGAGGAACGGCAUUGAGCUGUCCCGGGUCGACCUGUUCCUGGAUCAGUCCAACACGCCUCUGUCCCUCAACUUCGAGGCUUACCGCUUUGGAGGACACUACCUCAAAGUCAAAGCACGGCCAGGUGAUGAGCUGAAGGUGGAGCAGGGUGUGAAGGACUUGAGGUCACUGAGCCUGCCCAACAUGAAGCCGUCUGGAGGUCAGAGCCCCUACAUCCUGAACCCAGGCAGCGAGAAGGUGGAGCAUGGAUCUCUGGGACGCAGAGAAAGCGUAGAUCUGCUGGGUCAGGCACGACGGAGGAAGAACAUGACCGAGUUCCUGGGGGAGACGAAUAUUCCAACCCCGGAUGCUCUGGGACAGAUCGGUGGCUCUCUGCCCAGUGUUGGGGCCGGGCCCGACAGCUGGAAGAAUCGCGCUGCCAGCCGCUUCAGUGGCUUCUUCAGCUCCAAUGCCGGAGCUGGGCCCUUUGGCAAGGAGGUGGACCGUCUGGAGCAGCUUCAGAGCAAGCUCCACUCCUACACGCUGUUCGGGCUGCCCAAGGUGCCGCAGCAGCUCUCCUUCCACCAGGACUCCUGGGAGGAGGAGGAGGAGGAGACCAACCUGGCCAUGGAGGACAGCUGGCAGUCACUACUGGACAACACAGAGACGUUGGCAAGGCGACAGUUCCACCAACAGGAGGCAAUAUGGGAGCUGCUGCACACGGAGACUACCUACAUAAAGAAACUCAGAGUCAUCACUGAUCUGUUCCUGAGUGGGCUGCUGAACCUGCAGGAGAGCGGGCUGCUGACGGAGGUGGAGCCCGCCAAGCUGUUCAGUAACAUCCAGGAGAUCGUCCGCCUCCACACAGCCCUGUGGAAUGAGGUCAUGCUGCCUGUCGUGGAGAAGGCCAGGCAGGCCCGGGCUCUGCUCGACCCCACUGACCUCCACCACGGCUUCAAGACGUUUGGCUCCAGGUUCCAGCCCUACAUCCGGUACUGCAUGGAGGAGGAGGGCUGUAUGGAGUAUAUGCGCACAUUACUCAGGGACAAUGAGCUCUUCAGGACCUACGUCACGUGGGCAGAGACUCAUAAGCAGUGUAACCGUCUGAAGCUGGCCGACAUGUUGGCAAAGCCUCACCAGAGACUGACCAAAUAUCCACUCCUGCUGAAGAGUGUUCUCAAGAAGACGGACGAUCCGUCGGCCCGCGACAUCGUCAGUAACAUGGUGGCCAUCGUAGAGGGCUUCAUCAACAGUGUGGACUCACAGAUGCGACAGCGUCAGGAGCAACAGAAGCUGGCCACCAUUUCUGCACGUAUAGACUCUUAUGAGGCUGUAGAGGGCAGCAGCGAAGAGGUGGAGAAGAUCCUCAAGGAGUACAACCGCUUCGACCUUAUGGCUCCCAUGAGAGGAAUAUCACCGGGGGAGACUCGACAGCUGCAUCUUGAAGGAGCGCUGAGGAUGAAAGAGGGCAAAGACAGUAGGAUGGAUGUCUACUGCUUCCUGUUCACUGACCUGCUGCUAAUUACCAAGCCAGUAAAAAGAGUGGAGAAAGUCAAAAUCAUCCGCCAGCCUCUCCUCAUGCACAAUGUCGUCUGUAAGGAGCUCAAAGACCCUGGCUCAUUCAUCCUCAUCUACCUCAAUGAGUUCAAGAGUGCAGUGGCAGCCUACACUUUCCAAGCCAACAGCGCCUCCCAGGGGCGGAGCUGGAUCGAUGCAAUCUGCAAUGUCCAGAACCAGCUCCAGAGGCUUCGCACCGAGGAGGUUCUCCGACAGCAGAACAGUCUGAAGACGUGUACGGGUGAAGAGGAGGAGGACGAGGAAGAUGAGAGCAGCAACUCCACCACAAGCUCCCCAUGCCUGCAACGCAAAGACCAGCAGAACUCAAGUCAAUCAGAUGGCUCCACUGAGACCCUGUCAGUGAUGGACAUUGAUGAACCCAGCGAACACCAAGAGCCUCUUGCCUCCAACAUUAACCUCGAGGGAAGCGCUAAGACGGACUCAGACUCCGAUGUGGCCCCCCUGUCCGAAAGGUCUGAGGUCCAGCAGCCUCAGUCCACGAACCUCCACAGAGUCCACUCCAGUAUUUACUCAGAGCACGAUCAGGAGGCGAGGCCUGACGGCAAGGAGCUGGACCCCCAGUGUCGCUCUCUCUCCAUGGAUAGCGCCUACGGGACCCUCUCCCCUGAAUCCCUAUCGAGAGAACUUCAGCCACAGCCCGGCCAAAGUGAAGGAGAGGAGACUGAGGAAGAAGAGGGAGAUAGGGAAGGCCAGGAGGCAGAGCAACAAGAAGAAGAAGAAAUAGAGGAGGUAGAAGAAGAGGAGCUGGAGGAAGUAGAAGAAGAAGAGGAGGAGGAGGAGGGGGAUGCUGCCUCAUUGGGGUCCCAGCUGUCAGUUGUCCAGACCUCUAAGCCUCGCCGACGGCCUCAUGUUCAGUCACGACUCCACUGCCUCCAAAGGCUGUCCACUCUGGCCUUGUCCCGCUCUGAGGACAAUCUCCUGCAGCGCUUCCACGGCAAAACCCCCGUAUCCCACAAACACUUGCUCAGCACAGAGGAGCCGGACCAGUCUCAGUGUAGGGACAUGGACACUUCAUUGCUGGCUCACAGUAAGAGCCUGUCAGAGUUGGGCCAAAACUCCAUGGAGCUGCUCUCCAUUGACCUCGACCGGUCCAGUGACUGCUUGAGCAUGAGUAUGCCAUCAGACAAACUCUGCGCCAGCCUGAGGAGGGCGGAGGCCAUGCACGGCCACAGGGCGCCUGCUGGACAAUGUGAGGAGGGUAAUGAGUCCCAGAGCAACAGCUCAGAUGGGGAAACGGCUCCUUCUACCUGCGUAGAUAGGAAAAAUGAGUCCGCGGACGCCGGUGAUUCAGGGGAAAUGUCGCCAAAAAAGAGGAAAUCUCCAGCCCAGCAGCACAAAAAGCUGACGCUAGCUCAGCUGUACAGGAUACGCACCACUCUUGUCCUCAACUCCACACUCACUGCAUCGGAGGUAUAACCACUCUUCCAAACACCUGACCAGUGGCAUGCGGACACAAUGAGGAACAACACUUGUUUUGCGUGGAUGGACUGAAUUUCUUGCGACACAGAUGCACUCUUUCUCUUGCUGCCCUCUCCCUUCCUGUUGCUUUUUGGACAGUGACUCUAUCAUUUUUACAUUUGAACAAUAGCUUUUUUUUUUUGUCCUUUGCUGUUGCAUUGGUUUCCGAUCUUCUCAAAUGGAAAGGAGAGGCACAGAGACAUUAACUGCUUGCACUUUGCAACAGAAGUAGCAUUAUGGGGGGCUGGGACCUUAAGGUGGACUGGGAGAGUGUGCAGGGUGUGGAUGUGCCCCCUCCACCCCCCACCCCUGUAGAGUGAGGAGGCAUCUAGGCAGAGGUCUUCAGACUUUAUCCCUGCACUCUGUACUGGGGAAGAGGUGGGGCUGAAUCCUGCACCUUCUCUGUCAAAGAGAGGGACACCAAGUCUUGAAAAUACUCUCUACACAUGGCAAAAAAAAAACAGCACCUAGGACGUCCUCCUAAUAUUUGUACUACUCCUGGUUUGGAAAAAAAAAGAAAAUUGCACAGUUAUCUAUUGUUAAGUAGAAGAAUCACUAAGGAGUGAAAUUACAUUUACAGUCACGCAGUGAAUUAGAAAUUAUUGUUUGCUGUUUGUGUCUGCUCGUGUACAGAUAUGUGUGUGUGUGUGUGUGUGUGUGGAUGUGAACGUGUAAAUGGAUGUGUGUGUGUUCGAAUGAUACAUGGUCCUCGAUUCCUGACUGAACCAAAACUGAGUCCCAUCUCCUGUGAACAGGCUAACACACCCAAAGACGGAAGACCUGAGUAGCUGGUAGAUUUGAAACGAAAGAAAGCUCACCUGAAGACGAAGCGGCCCGAUACAGCCAAUCAUAAAACAGAAAUAUUACCACACAGACAGACUUCCUUCUUUACUCUUAAGCUUUUGAUUGGACUAUUAAGAUGAUGAGUUCAUUUCCUAAAAAACAAUAACUGAAUAUGGGUGACUUAAACUGUUGUGAGAAAUUUCCUGCACUCUCUCUCUCUCUCUCUAUAUAUAUAUGAAAAAUGUCUCUUAAGGCUUGAGUGUUCACUCACCCUUGAGGCCUAAAUGUAUUAAAACCACAUACACAAGUGCACGAACGAGAAUUUGAUCAUAGGGAAAAAAAAAAGUCUACACUUGAGUAAUGCCUGUGUUGGAGCACCUUUCUCUGAGUCAUUUCAUUUCUUGUGUUUCUUAAUGAUGGUAACAUUGAUGUGAGAUUGAACAGGUUUGAGUUGAAUAAUGUGUAAUGAGUGAAUCUGCAGAGCUGGCUUUAGUUGAAUGGCUUUUUCCAGGCGAUUUAAAAAAGAAAAAAAAAAACAGAAAUUUAACAUUCACACUGAUGUUCAGCUUGUCAGAUCAGUGAUUUAUUACCUUAUUCCAAACUUUGCCCAAACCAAGUAGGUUAACUGUUUACUUUUAGUUUUUGUUUAUGUGUAAUAUUUAUUAUGCCUGCUCUGUUUUAUAUAUAAGAUAUUGUUUAUAUUGUUUGCUUCCAUGUUUGUACUUUUUUUGUUGUUGAUGUAGUCUUAAUCAUUUUUUUUCUUGCCAGGCAUGAACGUGCUAUGAACCAAAAUCAUGUGUUUCCUCUUUCAGGAAUGACUUUAAAGUGUCUUACAAAAUAAAAAUGCUAAAAUAC